AUGGACGGGAUUGACGCAAGCAUGGAAUUCCGCGCGGCAGACGCCUUUGUGAUGUCUUGCGGCACUGUGACGCUUGAUCUAGCCCUGGGCAAGGUCUUGAUCGUCUGGAACAAGAAGUACGAGAUAUUCCAGCUGCCGAAGGGCCGCAGGAACAUUGACGAGUCCAUGCUGGAUGCUGCCAUUCGCGAGACGUACGAGGAGACGGGCCACAAGGUCACGCCACUCUGCCUCAACAUUGCCACACUUGCGACACUUCCCAGGGACGACAAGUCCAAGGAAUACGUGUCUCCGAAGAACAAGGACGUGACCGACGGCUAUCUGAGCACCGACUAUCUUGGGGGGUGCGUCUAUCCUGAUCCGCAGGCAGAGACCGACACGUUAAAGGCAGUGCUAUUCUUCGCGGCAAAGGGGGACUCGACGGCCACCCCAGUAUCGGGAACCCAGGAAGCGUGGGAGGACCUCCAUGCCAGGUGGAUGACCAUUGAGGAUGCUGCCUCGAAACUCCGCUUCAAGGGGGAAGUCGAUGCUGUCAGGAAGGCCGUGGAGAACGUGAGGCGAUCUGGUGUCGCCUUUAGCGGUUAA